CACUAGCUUCUAGACGCGAGCGUCCGCCGCGGCUCUUGGAGAGGUUUCCUUCCCCAGAACCUUCCGGAUCCCUCCUCCAGUCCUCUCGCCGCCCCCCGCGCUCCUCCAAUCCGAUCGCCUCGCCGCCGUUAACGAAGCCUCUCUCCCUCCAUCUCUCGCCCUGGUGUCUGCUCCUUGGAUUCUUGUUCGUUAACCGAUAAACCAUGUUCAAGAAGAAUGUCGAUGCCAAAGCUUUACAGCGCUUGUCAGGCGCUGACAAAAAGAAGCUGAGGAGAACUGCCAAGCAAAGGUUUCCGCAAGCAUCUGAUGAUGAUCUUGAUGCCAUCCUUCCUCCCAAGGUUGAGAUAACAGUUGCUAAGUACCCAAGCCGGGUUCUUGUUUAUGGCAUAGAGGGGGAACUCCCAAUGCUAUUCGACAUCGAUGGAAGAGGCCAUGAGCUGUUUCCAACAGUUUAUGCACUCUGGAAGGUUCCUCAUCUGUUGCCGGCUUUUACUCUUAAGGGCGGUGAAGUUUCACACUACAUUCUUGGUGGCGCCGAUCUGAUGUUUCCUGGUAUCAGCGUACCCCCAGAAGGGUUACCUUCAUUUCAAGCUGGCCAGCCAUGGUCAGUUAAAGUCCCCGGUAACCCUGCUCCAAUUGCUGUUGGAACCACAACGAUGAGCGAUACUGAAGCAUUGAAGGCAGGAUUGCGUGGCAAGGCUUUGCGGAUUGCACAUUACUAUAAGGAUUUAUUAUGGGCUUCUGCUGAUGGUCGUUAUGUUCCAAAUGAAGGGUUUUAUGAUGACAUGGUUGUUGAAGAUCCUAAUUUUGCUUCAGCUUCUCAACACGUUGACUCUUCUGAAGAUCCUGCAGAUUGCAAGCAAGACAAAGCAGCUGUUGAUGCAUCAGAUAGUCAUGCUGGAGAUCCUUCCAUUCACAGUGAAACCAUAGAAGAUGUAACUGCUGGAGUGAGCGAGCUCAAUUUCCCUGAAGAAAAAACCACUGAGGAACCAAACGAGGAUAAGGAACAUCAACAUCUGUCUACUGAAGAAAUUGAUUCUCUAUUGGAUAAAUGCCUUUUGCAAGCAUUACACAAGAGCGUGAAAGAUAAAGACCUCCCUAUGCCAGGAAGCACAUUAUGGUCAAAUCACAUACUCCCCUGCAGACCUCCAGGUGUUACUCUGGAUAUUAAAAAGUCAUCACACAAAAAGCUCUCCAAGUGGUUGCAGUCAAAAUCUUCCUCUGGCCUUAUCUUAGCAAAAGAGGACAAGCAUAAAAAGGAAGUUGUGUUGACAGGUAUCAAUCGGAAACAUCCAGAUUACAUGGAUUUUAAACCGGAAAAGAGGGUACAGGAGUCAGUUGAACAGCACGACAAUGUUGUUCCUGAAGGCAGCGAAACAAAGCAACUGGAAGUGGACGAAAUUUAUAAGCCAACUUCUCAUGUCAAUCCCAUUUUCUUGGCUGUUGAAGCUGACACAGGAAAGUACUACAGUGCAUCAGAGGCAUCUGAUGUAGUUUUCAGGUAUGUUGAAAAAGAAAAUUUGGUCAAGCCGACAGACAGGGCCAAAGUAAUUCUGGAUGCUACGUUAUGUGAUGCUCUGUACAAAGGAGCUGUAAAAAAGGGUUCUGCGUAUCCAAGUGAGAUCCACAAGAAGGAUUUGGGGUCAACAUUUAUAAACCGUAUGCAAAUUCACCAUAGAGUAGCAAGAGGAAACGAGGUAGUCGUUCGCAAGGGUGCUAUACGUACUGUUCAAAUCAUGACAGAAAGAAGGCAAGGAAACAAGAAGAUGACCCGAGUCUCUGGAUUGGAAUGCUUUUUAAUGGAUGCCGACUCGAUAGCUUCUGAACUACAGAAGAAAUUUGCUUGCAGCACGACCACAGCGGAGCUUCCAGGUAAAAAGGGGCAACAUGAGGUAUUGGUUCAAGGCGGAGUCAUCGAAAACCUCGCAAAGCACCUUGUUGAUCAUUAUGGCGUCCCGAAAAGAUUUAUUGAGGUUUAUGACAAAACAAAGAAAUAGAAGGGGAGCUGACUCUUGGGAGCACAGACAGUAUUGUUGAUCUCUGGUCAGGAUUGGUGCGAAAAUGCGAAACCAUCUCAGGGUUGCAUCCUGAGAUUUCAUCUUACCGGAUACUGGUGGCAAGAUCAUGUGAUUUUUUUUAGAGGGUGUACUUAUCUCUCACCUUUGUUUAUGUCAUUGUGCACUCGACUGGCUUUUUAUUUUGAAGGAUGACAUAAAAUGUUGCUCGGUCCAUGUCCAGGCAUAGAGCAGCGUUCCUUUUCCGGCCUAUAA